AUGGCCCUAGAAGCUGAUGGUUCUGCAUCUUGUUCCAUAGAAGAGACUAAUGAGAUAAGAAGAAAGCUGGGACUGAAACCUUUGUUGUUAGAAGACCCAGAAAAACCUCUGAAAAAGGCUGAAAAACAAGAAACAGAAACAAUUUUAGAGCGUUUGGACCUCAUAAAACGACGCAGAAUACGAGAUUCACUGGUAACGGGAGACAGUAUUGCAGAAUCAAUAAAGAAAGGACAACAAAUCAUAUCAAAAAAACAGCACCGUGAUGAAAACUAUGAAGAAAUUGAUCCACUAAAUUUAACUGCGUGGGCCAAUAAAAUGAGUUCAAUAAAUGCCUCCAGGAUAAAUCAUCUUGAGAACACCGUCACAUAUAGCGAUGAUGAAGAGGAUAAUAAAGACAAAUUGCCUUCAGAAAAAGAGGAUGAUGUAACGCAGCCAAAAAUUAAGAUUUUACAUAAAGUUGAUGAGUUAGACUUACUUACAGAUCAAGAAAUCACGUUAACUCUAAAGGAUAUAGGGGUCCUUGAAGCAGAAUCUGCAGGUAUAGCCGAUAUAGACUUUCUUGAAAACAGCAAAAUUGCCGAACUGAAGAAACAGGGAGAAAAGGUAAAUAAAAGUUCAGAUUAUAUUCCUUACGAAGAUGAUGGGAAUCUAGAUGAUUCUGCCCCAAAUUUCCUUAACCACUAUGAUGAUGUUAUAAAGGAUCGUCAGGGGCUAAAGCUUUCUUCGCUUGCUUCGGAUAAUAAUGGGUUUUUCGUUAGCAUAGAUGAUUUGGUUGCUAGCACAAUAGAAAUAGGUGGGAAUGAAAGGGAGAAACACGAUCUUUUGAAUUAUACUUCAUUUAAAAACAUAGAUCGCAAAAAGAAACUUAUAAAAAAUAGACAAAAACCUAUCAAUUGGAACAGAAUAUUUACCCGUGAGGAACACUCAAAGGAUGAUGGCGUUGAAUUCGUUGCACCAAAGAAAAUUAAAAAGAACAUACAACCGGGAACAGAGUUUGAUGAUACUGAAGAUUGCAAUCGAUUAUACAACCAACUAUCAUGUCACAUUAGACGGAGCGUAAAAUCAGACCGAAUACCUCUCUCCCCCGAUAAAGCAUCUUUGAUCGAUAUAAAGCCGGAAGAUUCUGGAUUUGAAAUAACAUCAACUAGUGAAUUUUGUAAAUCAGUCAAGACACCCCUAGAAAAAGUAGAAGAAAAUGAGGCUUCUUCUAAAUGGAAGUCAACAAUAUCUUAUGAAACUGGCACAUCCAAAGACGGUAGCGAAAAGGAUCUUUCAUUCAUUUCUGAAAAACCAAUGGGAAACGGAUUAGCGGACGCACUUUCAUAUAUUAAGGAUAGAGGUGAUUUCGUUUCAAAAAAUAACGAAUAUGAGAAAGAUAUCGUCAACUUGACAAAGUUAGACUCUUAUGGAAGGACCAUGACUCCAAAGGAAGAGUUCAGGCAAUUAUCUUGGGUUUUCCAUGGAAAAGGACCGGGAAUGAAUAAGCGUGACCGCAAAAUCAGGCGUAUGGAAAGAGAACGAUUGGCUAGAGAAAACCCUAUAGAAGGGCUACCUACUAUGAAAGCUUUACUAGCCCAUCAAUCAAAUCAAGAAACGACACACUUGAUACUUACCGGAAAUAAUGUUUCUUAA